GUGACUGUGUUCAGAUGAAUAAAUGUCGCCAAGCUGUCGGAACAUCAUCCUCAUCAUCACCACUGGAUCUGCGACAACGACACGAUGCGAGGAAUUAAACAAUAAAUGCAUCAAAAGCGGAACUGGAAAAUAAAAUCUUUCCAGAUGAGAUUCUCGUUUUGCUCUGCGGUCCAUGCGGGUGAAAGAACACAUCUCUCAUCGACAAACAUCCAUCGUCAUAAACAUGCAUAUGUGGAUAUUGGUCAUAUCGUCUUUUGCAACGUUUUUCAGCUUCAUUGAGAUGUUUGAUGUUUAUGGAGAUAUAUGUAGAGGUCUGUGUGUGUGUGAGGAGAGAGACGGGAUUCUGACAGCCAGUUGUGAAAACAGAGGAAUAAACAAUCUGUCGGAUGUCACGCCUUUACAGCUGACUUCAUAUCAUCUUCUGCUUGCGGGAAAUCUGCUGAAGAAAAUCUCACUCGAUGAUUUUGUUAGUUAUGAGGGACUCACCAUUCUGCAUCUAGGAAACAACGAUAUAUCAGAGCUGGAACCCGGGGCGUUUAACGGACUCCAGGGAUUAAAGAGACUGCAUCUGAACAAUAAUAAAAUCGAGGCGCUACAGGAAGACACGUUUCUCGGACUGGAGAGUCUGGAGUAUCUACAGAUGGACUACAAUUACAUCAGCCACAUUGAACCCAAAGCCCUGAGCAGAUUACAUCAUCUAGAGGUUUUUAUUCUAAACGACAACCUGCUGUCCGCUCUGCCGUUCAACGUUUUCCAGUUUGUUCCUUUGACUCAUCUGGACCUGAGGGGGAAUCAACUCAAGGUGCUUCCCUACAACGGCCUCCUGGAACACCUGAGUCGCAUCGUGGAGCUCCAGCUGGAAGAAAACCUGUGGAAUUGCUCUUGCGAACUCAUCGCCCUCAAAGCUUGGCUGGAGAGCAUCUCUUACACACCGUUAGUGGGAGACGUGGUGUGCGAGACGCCGUUUCGGCUACAUGGACGAGACCUGGACGAGAUCUCCAAACAGGAGCUGUGUCCGCGGAGAGCCAUCGCCGAAUAUGAGAUGCGAGCGGAGCCGGCCCUCAGAAGCGAGGUCCUUUAUAAAACCACGCCGGAAACGGUGCGAGCGGCCUUCGCAUCCUCAACCGUCUUGCGACCGACGAAAAGCAGCCGUUCGUCAGGGAAGCUACGUGUCAAACCCACUUCACGCUCGUCCUCCGGCAAACCACAGAACUACGGGCCGAUGUUGGCCUACCAGACCAAGCCUCCGGUUUCCCUGGUCUGCCCGAGCGCGUGUACCUGCAAUCUCCAAAUCUCAGACUUGGGCUUGAACGUUAACUGUCAGGAGAGGAAGAUCGAGAGCAUUUCCGAUCUCAACCCCAAACCGUACAACCCCAAGAAAAUGUACCUGACGGGCAAUUUCAUUUCUUCUGUGUGCAGCUCAGACUUCGUCGAGUCUACGGGGUUAGAUUUGCUUCACCUGGGCAACAAUCGUGUAACCGUCAUUCACGACAGAACGUUUGGUCAGCUGAUACAUCUGAGAAGACUUUACCUGAACGGAAACCUGUUAGAGCGCCUCACCGAGGAGAUGUUCUACGGCCUACAAAGCCUCCAGUUUCUGUAUCUUGAAUAUAACGUCAUCCGAGAGAUUGCGGCCCACGCCUUUCAUCAAGCGCCAAAUCUUCAGCUGCUGUUCCUCAACAACAACCUCCUCAAAACGUUGCCGGUGGGAAUCUUCGACGGAUUAAAUCUAGCUCGGCUGAGUCUGCGCAGCAACCACUUUCGUUCUCUUCCCGUCGGUGGUGUGUUAGAAGAGCUAACGUCCCUUGUGCAAAUAGAUCUGUUCGAGAACCCGUGGGAUUGCUCAUGUCUGGUUUUGGACACAAAGAACUGGUUGGAGCAGCUCGGCGCUGGCACCGUGGUGAACAGCGUCAUCUGCGAAUCUCCGCCGAGGCUCUCUGGAGAAGAUCUGCGGCAUCUUCGCUCCUCUCUUCUCUGCCCAGAAAACUCAAACGUUGAGUCUUCCGACGAGCCGCCCUCAGAGGACACCAUUCCUGGCAGUACCAUCACCUUAGAAACAGCCUUGGAUUAUGACACGCAGUCUCCUGCAGUCCCUCUCUCCGUUCUCAUUCUCGCUUUACUGCUCAUUUUUAUAUUGUCGGUUUUUGUUGCCGCCGGGCUCUUCGCUGUCAUCAUGAAACGCCGUAAGAAGUCCGAACGCUUGACUUCGCUUAACGCCACCCCCAGCUCCUUCAAUGCCAGUUACGAAGACGGGGCGGCGGGAAAGUCUACCUCCGCGGGAUACUUGUACGAGUACAUACCACCUGCUGUCGGGAGCGUCGCCCAACACCUCCCCUACAGUCCCGAUGAGGGAAAUGAAAUGAAGGGUUACAGAGACUUUGAGGAGCUCAGAGCACUGGCGGCCGGCUCAGAUGAAGAGGUAAGGAGCAAUGCCAUAAGUUCAGAGUUCAGUGCCGGCACUCCGGACACCCUCGACAGACGCAUCCCGCUUUUGGAUGACAACUACUUUUACAGGGAUAUUCUAGCUAGGGACCAGCAGGCAUCUCACAGGGUUGGUUUAGCAUGCAAACACGGGCCACCAGACUUUGAUGCCCGACAUCAAUGCGUGAAUCCAGACAGAAAACAGCAGGUGUACAGCACGACACCCGCCGGCGUCUACACAGAGCCCGGACGAAGUGAAUACUGGGAACUGAAGGCAAAGCUGCAUUUCGAACCCGACUAUCUGGAGGUUCACGAGAAGAGAACAACCUUCACCCAGUUUUGAAGUACACGUGUCCUAAUGUUCUUUCAAUGUUGAUGUUUUGCGAUGGGAGAGGACUUUUAUCCGAGAGAUCCCGUCUCCCCAAAACCAAAAGAAAUGCAUGUUUUGCGUAAAUAAAAGCUAUAAAUGAAAGUCUAUUUUUGUACUUUUGGACGUUGUUUUUAUGACAAUUUCUCACCCGAUUAUUGAAAAAUUGCAAAUGUCAUUCUUCUCCUCUGAUGUUGGGGUAAAAUGUAUCGGUCUUUGUGAGAUUUUCCUCAAGUUGUCAUAGAUGUGUAUAUAUUCAAAAGAUUUAUUAUGAAACUCCUCCAUGUAUGUGUCAUUUAUUAUGUUGUGUGAGAAUAUUGACAUGACAUCUGACUCUAUAGGAAUAGUUCAUCUUCGAAAUGAAAGUUCUGUCAUUAUUUAAAACGCCCUCUCGUCGUUUCAAUCCUGUAUUACUUUCUUUCUUAUCCAGAACACAAAAGAAUGUUGGUAACAGAAAACCAUCGGCCCCCAUUGACUUUUGCAUCCAUAAUAUAGAAGUCAAUAGGGAUCGAUAAUGUUUGGUUACCAACAUUUUUCAAAAUAUCUUUUGUGUCUUGCAGAAGAAAGAAAUGACAGCAGGGUGAGCAAACGGUGAGGGCAUCAUUACGAUGGUGCACUAUUCCUUCAUUUAAAUCAUGCUUUUCUUUAUGAAAAGAGACAAUCUUUUUUCAAUCAGUUUUCAUAAAUGAUACAGGUUUAUUCAUUUCAACAAUCAGUCCUGCAAAUCUUUGCACUUUUGCACAACUGUUAAACUAUAUUAAGGACAUAGUUAGUCCAAUUCAUAUCAACAGAUUUUGGACGAUGUUAAAAACAGGGUAAACGUGCUUUUUUCCAGAAUAUGCUUUUAAAACGUCCUUUCUCUAUGAUGUUUAUGCAGUAAAAGCACAACAUGUAUAGCCUACAGUUCACAGCCGCUGUGCAAUACUGUCAACUCCCUUUGAAUGUUUUUGGCAUUUGAACGCCCACGUCAGCUAAUGAGAAACGCCAUGAACGUGUGGUGGGAGAUGACAACUACAGGGAUGCAAUGUAUAAGCCAAAUAUGAAGUUCCUUCCCCCUCACUAUUCCAAUUUCCAUCAGGUCUGUGAUGCGUGACUCGUGAAGGAAACAACAAUCCAGUCCUUCUUUUACACGAGGGCUUGAUAUUCAGCAGAUGCCGAUGAACAUUUCACGCAGGGCUUUAGGCGGACGGGAGACAUUGUUAUGCAAAAACAGUACAGUCACUGCAGUGCAUAAAUGUUUCUUCUUGUUUUUGUUACUCUUAUAAAAAUCAAAGCUAAUGUUGACAGUAACUAGCAAUUCUUUCAUGCUUUCCUAAGUCACUGUCAUGACUGCAUUGUCGCUGUGUCAGGUUGAAGUUCAUUUCUGCGUGAGUUGAAUGAACUACAGGCAUUGUUGCUAAACAUGUCUCGUUUUUGUGCUAAUCUCGUAUGUAUGGAACAGAUGGCCUUGAAUUAAAUGUUCAAAUAACAGAGGUUCUUGUUAAAAUGCCAAAUCUGUUGAACCAAACCAGAACAAUAUAGAGCAAAAAUAUUUCAGGUACCGCAGCUCAUUUGUGCAAAUGCAGGAAAGAUCUAAACUAGAACAUGUUGUGACUCUGAACACAUGAAAAUGUGUUUGAUCAGAUCUAAAGUCUCAGAUAUUUCUCUUAAAAUUGGGAGAAAUAAAAAUAGAAUCAAAUGAGAGUGUUAUUUUUGAAACACAUGAAGAGUCUGCAUGUGUAAAAUGAAUGUAGACUGCAGAGGUGAUGAGACAUGUUUGAGUUGAUAUCGAGAUCUUGAAUAAUUUUGACUUUUGAUUGCAGACGAGACAAAUCUGAGCUCAGUUUAACACAUAAGGCAAACUCACUCAAUGGAUGUCUCGUUGAGUUGACUUAUAUUUUUUAAGUUGAACUAACUCAAACUUUUAAAGAAACCAGGUAACUUAUUUGUAUAAGUUGAACCAACACAUUUUUUACAGAAUUGAUUUAAAUGAGAAAGAAGACGUUUUAUCGGUCAUCUUUUUUAUGCGGCAUCGUUCACUUUUGACAGUGUCUCAUACUAAACCUUUAAGAUGUGUUUUGACAGUCUGUGCGCUGAAUAUUGAACAGCUUGUCAAAUACAGAAGUCUAUUGUCUGUGUAGAACCAGCUACAGAUAUCAUAUCCAGAAAGUGACAGUAUAGUGCUCAAAUCUGUCCUUUUUGCGAAAUUGUUGACGUGACGUUUUAAAUUCAACAUGGAGAAGCAACAUUUUAUGAAACGUUCCAUCUAUGCAUUUGGCAGAUGCUUCGAUCUGUCCUACAAUACUUUCAAGCUCUGCAUUGCAAUUGGGAGAUUUUUUUAUCCGACUCUAAAGUUUCAGUGUGAACCCAUGACCUUUAAUAAUUAAACUACAGGAACACAAAUUGAACUUGAUGUCUGUGUUUGGAUUCAUGUCAGGGCGGUGUGUGAGAUUUGUAACUUUGUGUUUGAUGAAAAAAAGCAAUGUGUAUUAAAUAUACUUUAUAGCUUUGGCUAUAGCAUCUGCCAAAUGCAUACAUGUAACUGAUUGCAUCUCAGUUGCUCUAUAAACACAAAAUAUAAUUUCUUUUUGUCUUUGGCUUUAUGUAAAACCCCAAAUUCUUCAAAUUACUAUAAAUGCUGUAGGUGUAAAUAAAGAAAUGAUGAAUGCAGAACUAGAUCAUUCUAAAGGGUUCUGGACACAAGAAGGCUGAUGCCGUAUUACUCAUCAGCGGUACGUUCUGUGCUUCUGGAAGAACAAUUUCUCUUCAUGCCUCAGAGAGUUGCUCAUUAAAACCUGACCUCUGGCAUUACUCAGUAGAGUUAAUUUAGCUCCAGGCCAGAUUGCCAUUCAUGUGGACAAAAAAGGUGUAACAACAUAAUUUUACAUCCCAUUGUGUAAUGCGUUGAAGUUUGGAAAGGCAUCAGCUUUGGUAUCACAAUUAUAUGACAUAAGAUGCGUGUGUGUUAAGAAACUGGAACAUUUGCUUUAAACACUUCUGUCUGAAAAUAUCUUUUUAUAGGGUUGUACUGAAGUGUCUGGAGGAGACGCGUUUAUUCUUUCUUAUAUUUUCCUUCAAGAAAAUGUCAUCAUUUGCGAACUAUGAAGCUAAUACGAUGCACUGAUGUACAUGCUGUCGUGA